AUGGCGGCCGCACGAAGACGUGUAUACAGACACUAUGGGGUGAAUAUGAGACUUGAUGGCGAGGACGAACUCAUAAUGCAAGUUAGAAAGAGGGGUGAUCUUGGAGAAAGAGGUUUGGUUUGGAUUGCGUCAUCCAGCCCCAAGGUACAUAUAGUACAGUCAGUUUUAACUGGUGAAUUACUCGUUCUCAAGAUUAUACCUGGGAGGGAUUACCUCGACGUAUCGCCAAACGAGGUGAAGUAUUCGACUAAUUUCGGUGCUGAGCGCAAACUACCCCUUCCAUACAAAGUGAAUGGAGAGGAAAGAAUACAUUUUAAUCAGCUGCUCCAAUAUAAGUGGUGGCUCAGGGACAUGGAUGGAAACCCGGAUGAGGAUUCGGGGAUUUAUGCCAUGUAUUUCAGGCAUUGCAACGGUGGAAACUUACAACAAUUUGCAAGAAAGUACUUUGAAGUAGGAAGACCUGUGCCAGAGCACUUUAUUUGGCAUGUAGCUCAGAGGCUCUCCGAAGUUAUUACAUAUUUUAAUUUCGGCAUUUUCCCAGGCCGAGAUAACCCCGGACCACCUGGUUGGCGAUUCAUCUCCCACCGAGACUUCGUAUCAAACAACAUUUUCAUCCAUUAUCAUGCCAGAGCUAAAGGCUUUGAACCAAGUUACAACUACGUAACGAACGCAUUCCCUGAAAUUGUUGUUGGCGACUUCGGCGAUGCCGCUCAGGAGGAUGAGUUUCCCGAAUUAAUAACAGAAGGCAUAUAUGGACUAGAUGAAGCCGCGCGAUGGGAAGAUAUGGCAUUCGAAUUUCCACCCGUCGAAAUUGGCACCGCCCCAGAUCCAUCAACAGGGUGGUUUAUUGAUAGGGAUAAUAUGGCUGUACCGGUACAGGAUUACAUACCGUCGCCGGAUUGGGUUGCUGACCAUCUACUCCCACUCGCCCGUAGACACGUUAGAUUAUGGCGUGGGAACAUGGAACAUCAACGAUUGCCCAGGAAUUACUACAACGACCUCGAUGUUUCAUGGACGAAACCCGAACAAGUCAUGCCUUAUGUGUAUGAAUUUGACCCACGACCACCACGAGCAGUGGAAUCCAGCAAAGACUAUCCAGAUUCAUCUAUCGACUUCGAAGAAGAGCCGGAGUUUGUGCGCUGGGCUGAGCAAGAUAAAAUCGUAUGGGAAUCGGCGGAUGAGGCAGAGGAGACAGAGGAGGCAGACGCAGGUGGAAUGAUGGCAGUACCUCCAGAUUCCGAUGGUAGCGGCGGCUCUGGUGCGGGCGGCGGGGCUAACGGCGGGAGCGACAGUGGGGAUGAUGAAAACGACGAUGUAAAUGGUGGUGGUAACGACGAUGGAAACGAAGAAGUCGUGAACAACUCCUCCGGCUAUGAACCAACGAGAUCGUCGACCUCACUAGAACCAGAUGUGGAGGCGCUUUUAUUUAAUGCGAAUAGGGCUAAGAUGCGCUUCCUCCAUAUUUGGGAAAGGGUCAACAUUGCGAAUCUCGAGAUCGCAGAGCUACAGUACGAACCACCUCUGCUACAGCCUGUCCGGCGCGACCCACCGCCUGCUCCAUACAUCGGCCCGGCCGAGGCACCGGUCCCGGCCGAUGUCGCGGCGGGGGAUGAUAAUGACGGUGGUUUAGGUAGUGGAAGUGAUUCUGACGCAUCCGAUUAUGAUGGUUCACGUGGUACUUGGGGCUACACAUGA